GGACAGCACAGACACUGGUGGGAUGCACAGAGCAGAGCAGAACAGAGAUCCAGCUGGACGCAGAAAGUGAGGCAGACUGCAGAUCAAACAAAAACGCAGAAUAUUUUCUCCCGGACGACAUCCCAACUUCUGGAAGGUUUGGUCAAUUUACCAAGAACAACAAUAAAGCAACGUUUCAUGGAGCAACUGGAGAUCUAAAAGUGUCGGCUGAAUGCAGUGUGUGAUGUGACAACUGACUGCGCAAAAUCUGGCGCUACUGCGCACAAUGGAGGAACUUUUACGCGCACAGGAUGCUUGGUCUCAGAACGUUUCCUGGUAUAACUCCAGCCAUAUAAACAGCACUCAUUUAGGGAACAGCACGGUAAAUCCCUUAAAACGAAACGAAGAUGUAGCCAAAGUAGAAGUUACAGUCCUGGUUGUGGUGCUGCUGCUCGCUCUGACCGGUAAUCUGUGCGUCCUUUGGGCUAUCCACACCACCAAGCACAGCCACUCGCGGAUGUAUUACUUCAUGAAGCACCUGAGCAUCGCAGAUCUUGUUGUGGCGGUGUUUCAGGUCCUGCCGCAGCUUAUCUGGGAAAUAACCUUUCGCUUUUAUGGACCCGAUUUCCUUUGCAGGCUGGUCAAAUACCUCCAGGUUGUGGGCAUGUUUGCGUCCACCUACAUGCUGGUCCUGAUGUCAAUCGAUAGAUGCUUAGCGAUCUGCCAACCGCUUCGCUCUGUGCACAAGGGGAAAGAUAGCUUCUGUGUGAUCGCAUCUUGGAUCCUCAGUCUGAUUUUCAGCACCCCACAAGCCUACAUUUUUUCUCUCAGGGAUGUCGGAAAUGGCGUUUACGAUUGCUGGGGGGACUUCGUGGAACCCUGGGGUGCCAAAGCCUACAUCACAUGGAUGAGUCUGAGCAUCUACAUUCUUCCAGUGGCGAUAUUAAGCCUCUGUUACGGCCUGAUAUGCUUUAAAAUAUGGCAAAAUAUCAAUAUGAAAACCAGGAGGGAGCACUUUUUGGCUCUCACGCCGAGGCCGUCCAAGGGCGCACAGCCACUGUCACGCGUGAGCAGCGUCAGGCUUAUAUCGAAAGCCAAGAUCCGCACCGUGAAAAUGACAUUUGUGGUGGUCAUUGCUUACAUUGUGUGUUGGACUCCUUUUUUCUUUGUCCAGAUGUGGUCUGCAUGGGAUCCUGCUGCACCAAGAGAGGACAUAGCCUUCAUUAUCUCCAUGUUGCUUGCUAGUCUCAACAGCUGCUGUAAUCCUUGGAUCUACAUGUUCUUUGCUGGUCACCUGUUUCACGACUUGAUGCAGAGCUUCUUCUGCUGCCACAGACACUAUCUGGCAGACUCUUCCUGCCACUGCGAUCGGCAGCGCAAGCACAAGAGAGGCUCCUCCACUUACGUCAUGAAGAACGGCAGCAGUAUGAGGAGCCUGACACACACAUCCAGUACAGGGGGGGUGGCGCACUGAGCCGGCCAAGAGCCAUCUAAGGCUUCCCGUGGUUGACUUGAUCCAGCAAUCAUGCAAGACCUCAAUUUGGGCAUUUAAUCAUCUACAGCAGAGCUGAGCUUGCCAUGGUACAAUGGUUGUUGUCAACUAUAUUAAAUCAAGACAAACAGAGAACAUAAACCUUCUGUGUGGAAACAACUCUGCACCCUGUGAUAACAGAAAGUAGAACAAAACGUAAUUGUGUCCAAAAUGUAAACCAACUGGGCUUCAAAAUGAAGUUUCAACCAGAACCCAAUCUGGUGCACAUUUGAAUUCAGCAGCAUGUGUUGAAAUGUUGGCUCACAGCUGCAGUCAGCUCUAAUAGGACUGGACAGGAUGGACCAGAUUUUGAUCGAAGAUGCCAAAGAACAUCUCCUGUUGUAGCUCAGAACAAGCUGACUUAGUGGCUCUCAUUUUUGUUCUAGUUCACAGAAUGAGGCAGAGGAAAUUAAUUAAUGUAUAAUGCUUAUUGUGGCAUGGUUAAAUAUAUGUACAGUGUCUGUGAGAAGACUUGAAAUAUGAAAUAAUACUAUAUACUGAAUGUUUAGUUAACUAGACUUGUCUACUAUCUCUAAGUUUAAACAACUACAAAUAUUCUUUAGAUUUGUUUGCACUGUUUCUGCCCUUCAGAUUCAUAUUUUAAAUAAUUUAACAACAGAUGCUUAUCCAUAUUGUUUAUGUUAUAUACAGUUUUUCUCAGUUGCUUUUGUGCAUUUCCUAGAACAGAAUUUAAAACUAAAGCACUUGUUUAGUUUCCACAACAUCCUGCCACUCACUUGUGGUACAUCAGUAACAUGUAUUUCUUGUUUGAUUUGUUAUUCUGCACAUACUUCCAUACGCUCAUGCUGGUGCUUAUGUGCAACUGGUAGUUGUAUCAUAAAUCAGCUCAUUUUAUAAUGAUCAAAAUGCAUAUCACUCUAGGCAGGCUUGUCAUUUCAUCUUGCUUGAGUGAUUGCUUUUAAGAAUAUUGAAUUACUAACUAGAUAUGUUUCAAACUUUUAUUUUGAAAUGUACUUGUUUAAUACUUAGCAUUACCACUUUGUAUUACUGUCAGGUUGACCCUGACCAGGGGAAUGUCUGUGACUAGUUCUAUUCUAGUUUACAGAACUAGUUUAAAUCAAUCAAUCAGUCAAUCAAUCAAUCAAUCAAUCACAAGCUGUUUUCUAAACAUCUAAGGGCAUGCAUAUGCACAUGUAAGGCACAGUGAAGACAUUUUUUUAUGACUAACAUUAAAUCAGAAUAAACUUUCAGGUUAGUUAGAAUUAACAUAAUUAUUUAUAUCUUCGAACAGUUUGGGAAAGCCCACGUGAUGAUCCCAUAAAAUUUAGAGGUUUACAGUUUUUCAUAAAGUUAACCUUUUAACUGUAUGGCCUUUGCCCAAUUUUUAGGUUUCCUUCCACAAGCUUCUAACUGUAGCUUGUAGGAAUUUUGGCCAAUUCCUCCUGACAUAACCUUGCUCUUACACACCUUUACAGGUCUGUCUUAAAAUUUUCUGUGGGACUGAUAUUAGGGCUUUGCAUUGACCAAUUCAAAACACAUUUACCUUCUCUGUGACACAGAACUUGUCUCCAGUGUCCAGCUGGACAUUUCCAUGCUGUUUAUUCUUGUGUGCAAUAGUUUGAACAAAUGAAUGUAGCAUCUUCAGGCGUUCUAAGAAUGUUCCAAAUGAUAAGUUCACAAUUCUCUUCCUGAUAUUUUGCAAUUUAUCAUGCUGUCACACAAGAAAGCAGUGUGUUUGAAUUGGUGCCUUAAAGUACAUCCACAGGUGUGCCUCCUUUUAACUCAAACGUUUUCACUCAAAGAUUCCAGUUAAUUAGUCUUUAGGACUUUCCCAAAUUGUUCAAAGGCAAAUUAAUCUAAACUUCUGAAUUUGAAGAAGUAAUAAAAAUAUUCUCAGCAAAGUCUCUCAUUCUUCAAACUGAAAUAAUAAAUACUACAUCAAUGAUUUUGAUUAUCCUAACUAACCUAAAACAGGAAAAAAGUUUAAUAUCAGACAGUAUGAAAAGAGGUUGUUUCCCUUUUAUGUUACAGUGUAUGUAAAAAUCUGUUUUUAACUGUAUAUGAAUACAUACAUGCAUAUAUCACUUUGAUGGUUUGCAGAGUUUAAUUUAGAAAACCUUACACUGAUAACACUCUUCAUUUUCAGUACCUUAUGGAUUUUCACAGGUUUGUUGACUGACCUAAAUAUUUCUUUUUUAGAGAUACAGACUAAAGAUUCUGAACAAGACCCUCUUAAUGUUCUGAGAAAUUCAUCGGUUUGCAAAUCUUAAGGAUAAUGUGAGAAAUGUACCACAGCAACCGAGAAAACAUGUUAAAGGAACAUUAUCUCCUGAGGUUUGCCUUAAUCCUUUAAGGAGAGGCCUAAUGAAAAAAUAAUAAUAGGAAAAAAUACAAUGUCUGUGCAUGGGUAUCUGAAGUCAGUCUCAGUGCCCUGUAGAAAACCACCCUUCCAAUUUGUUUGGGUGCCUUUGUGUGUGAAAAUAAAUCAUCCAUUCUGAUUCAUGUUAAAUGGGAUUAGACACAUCAAAGGCUGAACUGCAGGAAUGUUGUCUAACCUUUCCAUAUUUAUCCUGACUCAACUUGAAAUCAGGACACUGCUUUACCUCAAAAAUGAAUGAAACUGUUCUCCUCUGCUUCUCUUGUUUUUACAGCAAAUUGUUUUAUAGUUACCUCAUCUUGACAGAAAUUAAUGGCUCAUCCUUCAUUAUUUUCAAGUCUAAAGUUGGAAAUUCUAAAUUUGUGUUGCUAAAUACAUAAAGUUACCCCAUGAUUAUUCAUACUCCUGGCAGAUAUAGAUUUUUUAUUAUUUUCUUUUAACCAAGAAGUUUCUUUCUGAUAGGAAAUUAGAAAGUGGCCCAUCAAAAGAUAAUUAAACAAUGUAAAAGCAAUAUCAGCUUUGAAAAAAACAUUGUUUUUAUUUACAUCUAAAUAUAAUAUAUUAUUUAUGCUCUUCUCAAUAAUUAAUGGAAAAUUAUUUAUUGGUACCACAACAAUCAAACACUUCUUAUAAUUGCGAACCAGCCUUUUGUAUGUUUCCUCUGGUAUUUUGAUGAUUUAUCCACUGAGCUCUGGGUCUUUAAUUUUACAAGGCCUCCUUUCCUUUACCCAAAUCUUUAGUUCCCUCCACAGAUUAUCCAUCGGAGUCAGGAAUGGGUCACUCCAAAACAUUAAUGGUGUCCAGUCAGAAGCAACAUGUUAAUGAAAUUAAGAGAUUACUUCGAACCUAAAUCUUCAAAGGAAAUGAAUAAUUUUGGACCUAACUAUAAUAAGUCCUUCACAGCUGUUCCUGCAUUUCAAACAAUUAGUUAAAGAAAUAGCUCAACAAGGUUAACUGUUUUAACUUUAGGAAAAUAGACUGCCAGGCAGGGAAGUAGAGCAUUGAGAAGCAUAUUUGUGGCAAAAUAAUUAGACUGAGACUACUGGUGUUCAAACUGCAGAAACAAAAAUGUUUUUAAUGUGUAAGGUUACCUUGUGGUAGUAUGAACUCCAACUCUGUAUGGUCUCUUUUAUAUAGAAAUAGCUUGCUUUAGUGGUAAUGAACUGUAUUUCAGGGACCACAUUUUACUUUAAAUAGUGGGACAAUCCCUUAUGUGCAGACCUUAUUAAAAUAACUGAGCUUGCACUACUGGUUCAAGUUAGAAUGUCUGUUGUGAAAUAGUUCUGACUGUAAUUUGUGAUGAAAUUGUACUUGCAUGUUAGCUCAAAGCAGAACGAAUUAUCGCAAAUUACGCAAUGGACGAAUGAAGUGGCUUAGUCCACCCCCUAAAGCCACUUAGUCUGGUUCUGAUAAGUCUGGUUCUCCCCUUUUGUGUUAUUUUUAUCAACAGCAGUCACAGACAUUAUAUUAUGACAUCAGAAAAUUGUGUCAGCAGGUAAAAUUUGACUACUUUAGUCUUUUAAUUGUAUUUGUAUGAAAGCAAGAGUGUGUACUCUGGAUUAUUUUCCCCCUAUCCGUCUGAUUCUAUAUUUUCCUUCAAAAUAGUUUUUUAUUUUUUCAUUUCACUCUGCAUGCAUUUUAUUGUUUUUUGAUUAUUUAAACACACCUAAUGCGCAUGUAAUUAUUUGUACAUUAGAUGCAAAUUAGUUAGGGUUAAUACUAAUCCUAACCCUUAAACAACUGAAAGAUAUUUAACAUAGGAUUUUAUCCUGUUCUUUAAACAUAAUAAAAUCACUUUUAAAUUGUUAAA